CGGGGCGCGGCGGUGACGCCAUCGGGGCGCGCGGCGGCAUGGCGGCGUUCCGGGCGCUCGGGCUGGCGCCGUGGCUGGCGGAGCAGGCGCGGCAGGUGGGGCUGCUGCGGCCCACGCCCGUGCAGGCCGCCUGCAUCCCGGCCGUGCUGCAGGGUGAGCGCUCGGCACGGCCCGGCUCGGCACGGCCCCUCGCGGUCCCGUCCCUCCCCGGGCCCGGCCGCUCUCCCCCCGUGCCCCUUUUCCCGUUCCCCGUGCAGCCAUCCCCCAGGGAGCUGGCGUACCAGAUCGCCGAGCAGUUCCGCGUGCUGGGCAAGCCCCUGGGCCUCAAGGACUGCGUGGUGGUGGGCGGCCUGGACAUGGUGUCCCAGGCGCUGGCGCUGGCCCGCCGGCCGCACGUGGUGGUGGCCACGCCGGGGCGCCUGGCGGAUCACCUGCGCAGCGGCACCGGCCUGGGCCUCGCCCGCCUCCGCUUCCUGGUGCUGGACGAGGCUGACCGCCUGCUGGAGCAGGGCAGCGCCGACUUCAGCGCCGACCUGGAGCUGAUCCUGGGCGCGGUGCCCGCGCGCCGCCAGACCCUGCUCUUCAGUGCCACCCUGACGGCCACGCUGAGCCAGCUGCGCGCCCUGGCUGCCAACAGCCCCUUCUGCUGGGAGGCCCCGGCCCCGGUGAGGACAGUGCAGGAGCUGGAGCAGAGGUACCUGCUGGUGCCCGAGGCGCUCAAGGACGCCUACCUGGUGCACCUGGUGCAGAGCUUCCAGGACCAGCACGAGGACUGGGCCAUCAUCAUCUUCACCAAGACCUGCAAGGACUGCCAGGUGCUGAACAUGAUGCUGAGGAGGUUCAGCUUCCCCUCUGUGGCCCUGCACUCCAUGAUGAAGCAGAAACAGAGAUUUGCAGCUUUGGCCAAGUUCAAGUCCAGCAUCUUCAAGAUCCUCAUUGCCACAGAUGUGGCUGCCAGAGGUUUGGACAUCCCUGCAGUCCAGGUUGUCAUCAACCACAACACCCCGGGGCUGCCCAAGAUCUACAUCCACCGCGUGGGGCGGACGGCGCGCGCGGGGAGGAAGGGCCUGGCCAUCACCCUGGUGACACAGUAUGACAUCCACCUGGUGCACGCCAUCGAGGAGGAGAUCAAGCUGCAGCUGGAGGAGUUCUCCGUGGAGGAGCAGCUGGUGCUGGACAUCCUGACCCAAGUGAACGUCACCAGGAGGGAGUGUGAGAUCGAGCUGGAGGGGAUGGACUUUGAUGAGAAGAAGGAAAUCAAUAAGAGGAAACAGAUGAUCCUGGAAGGGAAGUCCCCCGAGCUGCAGGCGCGCCGGCGGGCGGAGCUGGCGCGGAUCAGGAGCAGGAACAGGGAGUGCCGGGAGAGGCUGCAGCAGGGCCUGCACAGGAGGAGGCAGCUGCAGCUCGGCAGGAAACUGCACAGGAGGAUGGAGAGGAGGAAGAGGAAGAUGGAGAAGGAGAAGGAGCAGAAGGAGGAGCAGUGACGUGCCUGGGCCGGGCCUGGACUGCCCUGGAAUUGCUGCUGCUUUGGGAAAACUGGGAUUGAACUCUUGGGUGUGGGGAAAAAAUAAAAAAAUCUGUGCUGGGGA